AUGCUCACUAGUUAUAUUGCUGACAUGCCAGAAGCCAUGAUGUUGGCAUGUGUUGGUGGAAAGACAUCCCCAGUGACUAUGGCAAUGUACAAAUAUUUUGGGGAUCCCUUCCAACAUGAACCCCGGACACGAUCGAAAACUCUUGUGCAACUGGACAAGGUGCGUUCACGCGCUCGUCCAAAUGAUAUUGAGGCCUUUUUCUGCAAGGCGCAGAAGUUUCGCCUGAAUGGCAUAGACAAACCAUUCUGGUCGGACUGGUUGCUGGCAGAUCUGUCCCGGUUUCUCACACCUGAAUCACUGCACCACAUUCAUAAGCAGUUUUGGGACCAUGACGUGCAGUGGAUUAUCCUUGCAGUGGGAGGGUCCGAGAUAGAUUUUCAGUUUUUGGUUAUACAGCCCACCACUGGUUAUCGACAUUUUCACGGAGCCAGUGCAGAUGCAGUACCUGCUGGAGUUAUUGUUGCUGUACGCGCGCUCAUGCACUUUCGUUAUCUCGUGCAAUCACUGUGUAUCGACGACAAGGAUCUUGGUCGCAUUACAGCUGCACUGAGUGAGUUCCAUGCGAACAAACAUGUGAUCAUUGCUGCUGGUCUUCAUCAGGGAAAAGGCGGUAAAGUCACCGACAAUUGGCAAAUCCCAAAACUUGAGCUUAUGCAGAAUAUCGUUCCUAGCAUUCGCAACUCUGGAGUUAUAGCACAGUGGUCUGUGGAUGUUACUGAGCAUGUGCACAUCACCGUGGUCAAAGACCCAGCAAGAUCUACCAACAAUAAUAACUACGACCCACAAAUCUGUCGUUAUCUCGACCGUGCCGAUAAAUGCAAUCGGUUUGAGCUUGCCACUAGCCUUUUGGAUCAUUCGCAGAGGGAAGACCCAGGAGUUGUUGGAGAUGAAUUUGUUGAGGAGGAUGACGAGAUCGACGAUGACGUGAAUGACUUUCCUGCAGAGCUGCUGUCCUCAAUUUGA